AAAACACACAAAAAAAAAGAUUCUUCAUUUAAAUACUUCUUCGUUCUUCUUCUGAAUUCUUUUUCUAUUCAAUGCGAACAAAUCCAGAUCCCGACGCGGAGUCAUCAUCGGCGGAAGUAUAGUUUUGUUGGUCUGUUGACAACGUGCCAUCUUGUUUAAUGAGUGAGAUUGUGCUGAUAGAACAAUUCUAAUUUAAUCGAUUACAAAAUGAAGUCUUUGGGGUUAAAGUUGUUAUUGGUCUUAACUGUUGCAAUAAGUUUUGUCAAUAGCAAUGCACCGGCUUCGGCUUCUACUGCCACUUCCAUCGAGAAUUCAGAAGCAGAUACAGAAAAACUUCCAACAGUUUUAAUUGCAACACUCGUCCGUAACAAAGAACACACUCUGCCGUAUUUUUUGACCUACUUACAGAAUCUAUCUUAUCCCAAAGACCGUAUCGCACUAUGGAUUCGUUCUGACCAUAAUGAGGAUAACAGCAUCGAAGUUAUUCAAGUUUGGCUUGAGAAGGUUAAAGAGAAAUAUCAUAAUGUAGACUUUGCAUUUGAAAAAACACUCCAGAGCCAUCAGAAUGAGAGUUCACCGACGGAUUGGCCUGAGGCGAGAUUUAAUCAUUUGAUAGCCCUCAAAGAGGAAGCCAUGCGAAAGGCAAAGGAAAUAUGGGCUGAUUAUAUUUUUUUACUUGAUGCAGAUGCUCUUCUAACUCAUCCCGAAACCCUCACUGAUUUGGUAUCGCUGCGUUUACCAAUUGUAGCUCCGGUGCUAUUAUCCGGUGGACUGUACUCGAAUUAUUGGUGUGGCAUGACGAGUGAUUAUUACUACCAGCGUACAGAUGAGUAUAAGGAAAUCUACAACGGCGAGAAGAUUGGCUAUUUCCAAGUGCCCAUGGUGCACAGUGCUGUGUUAAUUAAUCUCAAUCAUAAACCUACCGAUUUGCUGACUUUCGAUCGGUCUAGUUUGAUCGACAAACAGACAAAUAAUCUUCUAGAUCCCUCGUGCCGUUUAUACAAUGGUCCCCUAGAUGACAUCAUUAUAUUUGCAUCAUCGGCGAAUUGUUCUGGAGUGCCGAUGUUUAUUAGCAAUGAGAAACUAUAUGGUUAUAUUUUGGAGCCAUUAGACAGCAACGAGUCGUUCGAUCGUGACCGCAUGCAGUUGUUGAAUACGAAAACAACAAUAAUAGUUGAUCAUCCUGUGGGAGAUGUUUUGGUGGAUGACAUUUUCAAGGAUUACAUUCAGUAUCCAGAAAAACACAAACUAACACUGGAUCAUAUUUAUAUGAUAAAUUUGGAAAGACGCCCAGAACGCAAAUUUAGAAUGCAAAAUUUGUUCCGCGAACUCGGUCUGGAUGUUGAAUACUUUCCAGCUGUCGAUGGCAAAAAACUAGACCUGGAAACGAUCAACAGCAUGGGAAUCGAAUUCUUCGAAGGCUACGAAGACCCCUAUCACCAACGACAAAUGACUAUGGGAGAGGUUGGUUGUUUUCUAAGUCACUAUCGCAUUUGGGAAAAAAUGAUUGCGAAUAAUCAAAAAGAAGUUCUUAUCAUAGAGGAUGAUAUUCGUUUUGAAACAUAUUUCACCGAUCGAGCAGUAAGCAUCCUAGAACAAGCUCGAAACAGUGGAGAAUUUGAUUUGAUAUACUUUGGUCGAAAAAGAUUGAAGGACGAAGUUGAACCUGAAGUAGAAAAAACUGAAAACCUCGUACACGUUGGCUAUUCCUACUGGACACUUGGUUAUGUCUUAACACUGAGUGGUGCCAAGAAACUCAUAGCUAGUGAACCAUUGAAAAAACUCAUCCCUGUCGAUGAAUAUCUUCCUGUAAUGUUUAACCGACAUCCCAACGACACAUGGAGUGCAGGAUUUUCACCGAGAAAUCUCAUAGCCUACAGUGCUGCUCCAUUGAUAAUGUUUCCCACACAUUAUACUGGCGAAACAGGUUAUAUAUCGGAUACAGAAGAUUCGGAAAUUACAACACAAAAAUUGUUAAAAGAAGGAAAAGAUUUCCAAUAUAAAAGUGAUCGAGAGACAAAUUUCGCGGCAGCUGCCGCUACCGCUGCUGUCACCGAAGAAACAACAAAAAUGAUAUUGGAAGCAGAACUGCAUCAUCAACUAUCAAAUGAAUUUGGCAGCUCAUUGAGUAAACACGAUGCUACGGAGCUUUAGUUUGAUGGAUAUUCUACACAUGAAAUGAACAUUUUUAUACUCUCUAACGGUUAUAUUGAAAGAAUCGUCAUAAUUUUAAUAUACUCGUAAUACUAAUACUUUGCCAUGAUUUAUGUGCCUUAUAAAAAAGAGAACAACGAAUCUCUUUUUUUAUUCAAAUUAGUUCUUUUAAAUAAUUUUAGUUUGUUAAGUUAAACAAAAAAGCUAAGUAACCAAUAAGCAAUAUGAUUGCAUGAAAAUAGUUUUAACGUAUUUUUCCAAAAAAUGAAUCAUAUUCUAAAUGCAGUGCAUCAAAUAAAAAUAAUAUACAA